AUGUCGAAAUCGCAGUUCAAGAAUCAAAACGCUGCAGCGAUCUUUGGAGUUCUGUUAACCGUGCUAUCGGUGAUUUGCUUAAACUCAGCAGUUUGUGCAGAUGCUCAAAUAGGAGCUUGUUAUGGCACACUCGGUAAUAACCUACCAUCACCGACUGAGUUACUCGCUCUCUGCAACAAGCACAACAUUCAAAGAAUCCGUAUCUAUAACCCGAACCCUUCGAUUCUCGAAGCGCUAAACCGAAACCCUAAUAUCUCGGUCAUAGUAGGUGUACCGAACGAGGAAAUCCAAGGCAUCGCAAACAAUCCCGCUUUAGCCAAAUCGUGGAUCCAAAACCAUAUUCUAAAGUACAGAAAUGUCAACUUUAGGUACAUCGCGGUCGGAAACGAAAUCAGCCCGUUAGACGGCGCAAGUUCGAGCAUAGCGCCAAGUGUCGCCCCGGCGAUGCAAAACAUACACAACGCGCUUUCCGAAACUACCCUCGGCCGAAAAGUCAAGGUCUCCACCGCGUUGAGCAUGGGGGUCUUGGCCAAAUCCUACCCGCCCUCCGCGGGGGAGUUUAUAUCGGCCCCCACUUUCAUCAGCCCGAUAGUUCAAUUUCUCGCAAAAACUAACGGGCCCUUUCUCAUCAACGUGUACCCUUACUUCGCCUACACUAGCGACACGACAAAUAUUCGUCUGGACUACGCGCUUUUCACGUCGAAUUCGGCAGUUGUGACGGACGGAGGGUAUCAGUAUCGGAGUCUUUUUGAUGCCAUGGUGGAUGCCGUUCACGCGGCGUUGGAGAAGGCGGGAGGGGCAAAUGUGGAAGUCGUGGUGACGGAAAGUGGGUGGCCUUCGGCAGGUGGGACCGCUACUACGGUCAAGAAUGCGCAGAUUUACAACUCGAAUUUGAUCAAGAGUGUUAAAAACGGGACACCGAAAAAACCCGGGAAGGAAAUCGAAACAUACGUUUUCGACCUAAUCGAUGAGAAUCAGAAGAGCCCUGAACUUGAGAAGCAUUGGGGGAUUUUUCUUGCUAAUAAGCAUCCUAAGUAUCCACUAUCCUUUAUUUGAUAGGAAAAGGAAUUAUUUUUAAUUUCUUUUGUUUAUUUAUGAUCGCUGCUUAAUAAAUUAAAUAAAUUCAGUGAAAGAGGCAUUUUAUAUUGCCUUUUAUUUUAGUUUAUUGCUAUCUAUCUAUGUAUUCAAGCCUCUGUAGAUUUGGAGGAAGAAAUUUAGAGAAAUUGGGAUGAACAUUUUGACCUAAUUUUAGCCCCAAAUUCAUUUUCUUUAAUUAGUUAUAUUUACGGCUAUUUUCUUACAAAAUUAAUUAUAGUGAGUA